GUGAUGGGACGAGCGACGCCUGGCGCUACCGCGUCGAGGAUGCCAAAGUCUGCGUCGGCGUCGAUCAGAAGUUGAAGCACGUCGAUGUUGCCCUGCUUGCAUGCCAAAUGAAGCGCCGUCGACCCAACCUACUUGGCUACGAUGAAAAGUCAUUCAUGGCAUUUGACGACCUUGUUUUGAGCGUUGACAUGAACGCCGUGCUGCAGCAAGAGGGCCACCAUCGCAGCGUUGUUUUUCUGGACGGCGACAUGAAGUCCGGUGGCCUGCAUUGCCGCCGGGAGGCGCGAAUCCAUGUCCAAGGAAUGGCCGUGGCGGGCCAACAAUACCUCGAGGCCAGCCACGUCGCUCUUGUUCACGAACGACCAGUACGACUUGACGAGCUGGCCCGUGUUGAGUCUGGCGGCGGGGCGGUUCGUGUCGACGCCACUCGCUUUUCUUGGCAUCACGUUUGCUUGGACGUCGUCGUUGCAUUGUGAUGCGAACAAAACGCUCCAGUGCUGUGAAACCAACAAAUGCCGAAACGGCGCCGACGAAACGACGGUCGGUGCCGCCAAACAUGGCCAAGCCCAGUGUCGCAGCCGAGGACUUUACGCAGUACCUGCAGCAUCUGAAGGAGUCGGGCCUCGCGGGACAGCCGGUCCAAGUCACGCUCGACCACUUUACUUUUCGCAAACCCCACGAUCCGUCGUCGUUUGUGCUGCACGAUGUCCACGGCACACUCGAACCUGGGUCCAUGACACUUGUCCUCGGGCCGCCUCAGAGCGGGAAAUCCGCUCUCCUCAAGACCCUCGCAGGCGUGUACCACUACAAGGGCUCGCCGACCAAGCACAUCACGGGCUCGGUGUCGUACAAUGGCCUCAGUCCCCGCGACAUCCAUGUCCACGACAUCGCAACGUUCGUCGGCCAGACGGACGAGCACAUCCCGACGUUGACCGUGCUGGAAACGUUCGAGUUUGCACAUGCAUGCCGCGGGCCGUCCAACAGCACCGAAUGGCAACGAUCGGCCGUCGCCCUCGUGAAUGCCCUGGGACUGACUACAUGCGCCAACACUCGCGUUGGCAACGAAAUGCUGCGUGGUAUCAGCGGUGGCCAACGUCGCCGCGUGUCGCUCGGCGAAAUGGUGACGGGCCAAGCACCGCUCCUCCUCUUGGACGAGUACACGACCGGCCUCGACACGACGGUCGCACUGGCGCUCACGACCAAGCUCCGCGACAUGUGCAAAUUCCUCCAAUAUACACUCGUGUGCUCUUUGCUGCAGCCUCCACCUGAGGUGUUUGAGCUAUUCGACAACAUCGUCCUCUUGAACGAAGGCCACGUGUGCUACUUUGGUCCGCGCACGGACUGCGUGCCGUACUUUCGAUCGAUCGGGUACGUGUGUCCGGGUCGUCUUGACGCCGCCGAGUUCAUCCAGCACGUGUCGACGGAUUUGGGCAAGCUGACCAAGGAUGCAGCUUUCACUGGCGAUGUGCCUUGUACGCCGGUGGAUUUUUCCAACGCGUUCCGAGCGUCGCCAGCCGCACUCGUACGGCGGCACGCGGCCGCCAUCCCUUUGUCCCAACGUCCUCCACACGUCAAGAAAUCUCUCGUCAAGCAGUUUGCGCUAGUGUUUCAACGACAGCUCAAGCUCGUGCGCCGCGACAAGCGAUUCAACAGGGUGCGAGUCGGGCAAAGCACCGUGUUUGGCGUCAUCAUCGGGUCCCUCUUCUGGCAACUCGACGACGGCCCACACUCCCUCGUGUCCAAGGCUGGUCUCUUCUUCCUCACCAUCUUGUUUACGUCCAUGACGACGAUUUCCAACAUUGCGUAUACGAUGGAGGUUCGCAACAUUUACAUCAAGCAGUCGUACUUUCAACUGUACCCCGCGGCCGUGUACGCAGUAUCGGAGAGCGCGAUCGAGGUCGCCGCGACGCUCGUCCAAGUGCUGCUUUUUACGGUCUCGUCGUACUGGAUGUGUGGGUUCUCGGACACGAACAACGGGAUGCCGUACGGGUUCUAUUACGUCGUGGUGUUCCUCAACAGCGUGAGCAUGUGCCAGCUCUUCAAGUGCUGCGGCGCGGUUGCAGCGACCCGAACGACGGGUCUCAUCUUGGCCGCCACGUUUAUCUUUAUCGAGCUCGUGUUUUCAGGAUUUGCCGUGCGCGAGUCGGUGCUCCCGGACGGCCUCAAGUGGAUCUACUGGUUGAAUCCAGCCUCGUGGGCGUUCCGCGGACUCGUCCAGAACGAAUUCAGCUCGCCCGUGUCUGCGUACGACGCCAUCCACCCUCGCCUUCACAUCCGCAUGGGUCACUACUACAUGGCGUUGAUGGGGGUAAGCCAGAAUCUGGACUACAUGCCAGGGGCCGUCGUGUACUUGCUCGGGUUCUUUGUCGCGCUUGUGAUGGCGACUGCCCUGGCGUACCAUACGCUCAAGCAUGAGAAGCGAUACAGCGGGGAUAGCGCCGCCCGCCACCGCACGGUGCUGGACCCGAUGGCGCAGACGAAUCGUCGAGACAGUGUCAAGCUCGUGGCCGACCAGUUUCCAGUGGACUUUGCACCCGUGACACUGUCGUUUCGAGACCUGCGAUACACCGUCGUCCUCGCCGACAAGGUAAAGGCCAAAGGCGGAGCGAAGUAUGCUACCGUGGAGCUGCUUCGCGGGAUCCACGGCCAUUGCAGGCCCCACACGCUGACUGCAUUGAUGGGGUCGAGCGGCGCGGGAAAGAGCACGCUCUUGGAUGUACUGGCUGGGCGGAAGAACUCCGGGACAGUCGCCGGCGAGCUCUUUGUCCAGGGACGGCCCAUGACGAAGCGUGACCAGCGCAGAUUCGGAUACGUCGAACAAACAGACAUGCAUUGCAUGCGGACGACGGUCGUGGAGGCGUUCGAGUUCAGCGCGCGCCUGCGUCUGCCAGAGUCGGGCCAGCGCAACGCCCGCAACAUCAUCCAGUCGACGUUGGGGCUUCUAGAACUCGGCAACAUCCAGCACGCGUCGCUGACAACGCUGUCCGGGGAACAGAUGAAGCGCGUCACGAUCGGCGUCGAGUUGGUAGCGAACCCGAGCGUCCUCUUCCUAGAUGAGCCCACGAGCGGCUUGGACGUCCAUGCGGCCAACGUCGUGAUGGAGGCGGUCAAACGAAUCGCUGCCGCCGGCCGCACGGUGAUAUGCACGAUUCACCAGCCAAGUCUGUCCCUCUUCGAGCUCUUCGACGACUUGAUCUUGCUCCAGACGGGUGGGCUUCAAGUGUACUGCGGUCCCGUUGGCCUCGAGAGCUCCGACCUCCUCGGCCACUUUGAAUCGAUCGCCAACGUCCGAAUGCACCACAACGUCGAAAACCCGGCAACGUACAUGCUCGACGUGAUGACAGCGCACCCGGAAAUCGACUUCCACGCGAUCUACUCGACCAGCGCCCAGCGCGAGAAGACGCUGAAAGCGAUCGAGGCCGUGUGCCAAGCCCACGACACCGACGCGGCCGGACGCGUCGUGGUCAAGUCGUCCGAAUCGACGACGACGCAUGGUGGCGGGUACGCCACGUCGUUCGGGACGCAAUUUUGGUGGCUCUUGCAUCGGAUGUGCCGCAAGUACUGGCGCACUAGAGAGUACAGCGCUGGUCGCGUGGGGGUCAACCUGUUCGUCGCGCUGCUCCUGGGGCUGCUCUUUUCCGCCAAACGCCUGACGUACACGAGUGACGUGGAUUCGCAAAUGGGCCUCGUCUUCAUCGCGCCGUUGUUCAUGGGGGUCAUCGCUGUGAUCACAGGGCUGCCCGUCGUCGAUGCCGAGCGCAUGGUGUUCUUUCGCGAACACUCGUCGGGGAUGUAUGCGGCCUUGCCGUACUCGCUCGCGGUCGGCGUCGUCGAGCUGCCGUACGUCGCGUUCAACGGCACGGUGUUUGUCGUAGUGUUUUACUACUUGGUCGGGCUCCACCCGACGGCGGAUGCCCUCGGCUGGUUCUACGUCCUCUUCGUCUGCUACACGCUGUACGCAACGUACUUGGGACAAUUCCUCGUGACGACGCUGCCGGACGUGCGGACCGCGACGGUCGUGUCCGGGGCGCUCAACUCUGUGUUUUCCAUCUUUUCGGGGUACUUUAUUCACCGCGACAAGAUUCCGGCGGCGUGGAGUGGACUGUAUUGGGUCAGCCCCCUCCAUUACAUGAUGGAAGGUGUCAUGGUGACGCAGUUCCUCCAGAACGAUGGCAACGUGACCGUCGGGUCGGCGUCGACGGGCGCCCUCGCCCCCGAUCCAAUCUCCAUCCGCCAGUACGUCGACUCGGUGUUUGACGGGACCAUCUCGUACGACCACCGGUUCCAAGACCUGGUGGCGCUUCUCGUUUGGAUUGCCGUCCUUCGCGUCGGCAACGCACUCUCCCAGGCGUACAUCUCGCACGUUUCGCGAUAGCCGAACAACUCAUGCCACGGAUUCGAGGUGAACGUGCGCGUAAAACAACGAAGCUCGUACGUUCAUCCGACGGAUGGCUACGAUGCCCCCUCAGUUGGAAAGGGGGACGACGGACUCAGGAACGCAGAAAUGGGCUGCCCUUUGCAAAUAUACGUUGCCGCACUCUGGCCACCUUGUGAUUCCACGCCUGCGACGACUCAGGCAUCGUGAAACGCAGCUCUCACAAAAAGAACUAGUCCGGUAGCCGCCGUCCUUCGACAUGGCUCGGUGCAGCCAUGACAAGGAACGGCUGCAUCCCCGAAUGGUAAUGCACGCCGCUGCCUGUGC